AUGACUCAUUUAUAUUUCUAUUAUUUCUACAAGAAAAGAAGUUUUGGUUUAUUUAAAAUCUUCCCAAUCAUAUCCUUUGGUUUGGGUAGUUGGCAAGUCUAUAGAUAUCAAUGGAAAAAGGAAAUCAUUCAAAAGGCAAAAGAGAAUGUCGAAAUGGAACCAAUAGAGAUGAAUGACUCUUUGGUUGACAGUCUUCUUCAAAGUUCUGAACUAUCAGACGACUCUAAAAAACGAUUAGAGUUUAGAAGAGUCGAGGUCAACGGUACCUAUACACCAAAUAGUAAAGAGAUUUAUCUAGGUCCACGUACAUACGAAGGACAAGUGGGAUACUAUGUCAUUCAACCAUUACAGCUGCAACACAGCAAUAAGCAAGUGUUGAUCAAUCGUGGAUGGCUACCAACACAACUCAUAAGAGAUCGUCCUGUGAUUACCUCGGAUCUACCAGAGCCAACCACUGUUGAGGGGUUGAUUGGAAAAAGUAAAGAGGCUGGUAGCAUAUUUACGCCACCAAACGAUCCGGCAAAUAAUCAAUGGUAUUUUAUCGACGCAGAGCAAAUGGCCUCGGUCAACCCAAAUACAGCACCUCUUAUUCAGACAACACCCAAUAUUCCAAACAGACAAAGACUAGACAACAACAAAUGGCAUCUCGCUUUAAGAGAUUCGACACAAAUGUAG